AUGGCAGACCUCAUCGAGAAGAUUGGACGCUUCUUCGCUGAGCAGGAGGCUCAGAUCCAAGACACGUUCACUCAGAUUGCCUACGCUCCAAGUCACUCUUCAUUGUCUCAGUCCAAGCCGCCGCCUCCAGUUCACAAAAUUCCAACACAGUUGCCUACACAACAAUACGAUCGAGGAUCUCCAGUUACGAAUGUUUUCUCAAAGCCACAUCGUAGCAACUCAAUCCGCGGCCGUCGUUCUGUUAAACAUGCUACAGAACCGACGCAGUCUCAAAGCUGGCACGAUGAAAUCAACGAGAUUCUCGAUGCAGUUCAGCCUCAAAGCACGCGAGAGUUGUCCACUUUAAAGUCUUCCGUUCCGUUGCCUCCAUCCAGACCGAUAGAACCAAAACCUGACAUUUGGAAUCAUCAGAGUGACGACUUCGUCUCUUGGCGAUCUUCGUCUUCUCUUGGCAGCAGCAGAGGCCACACCAGGGACGACGAUGUGACGUCUCAUGUAAGUUCUGAAGCUCCUGAAAAACACCGGAAACCACGGCCACCACAUCAGAAACACCGUAAGCGGUCACGCAAGAAGAAACACCCUAACAACCAGGAAGAAGAGAAACCUGAUCCUAAAGCAGUAGCAAAGGCAAAUGCCGCGAAGGUUGCAGCCGCGUUGAUGCUCGCUCAAGAGCGUGCGAAACGUUUUAAACAGGAAAAGCUGCAGCUGGAACGCGAACAAGAACUAGAACGUCAAGAGGCUGCGUCUCGAUUGCACAAGCAAAUGGUGAAGAUCGAAGCCGUACGCGCAAGAUCAUUCAGACAACAGUCGUCGAUGACCACUGCACGUUCAACUCUAUCUAGCUGCGAUAACCAAGACACGGAAUCAGUGUGGACUGCUGAUUCCAACGACGUGAUGGAGACCGAGAGGCAACCAAGUCAAUUCAUGGUUAACAUGGAAGCUCAACUACGUGAAAAGAUGUCUUUGGAGAUGCAUGUGAAGCAAAGUUACGUUGAAAAGCACAAAAAGCGCGAACGUGUUCGUCUGAAGCUUGAAAAAGCUUUACUGCAGAACGUUGGUCAGAGCUCUAAAGUAGCUCGACUGUCAGCCACGAAGGCUUCGUUAGAGAUGGAGCUCGCUAAUGUGCUUGAGGACACCGCUCAAACUCGACAGAAACGUCGAGAACUUGAACUUGCGGACGAGAAAGAACGACUAAAGCGACAGCGAGAAGCCGAACGUGCUUUGCAGAUCAGACUGCGCGAGGAAGAGUGGGAAACCAUGAUGGAGGAGGAGAAGGCGCGGUCUCAAGUGGCUGCAGAGGCUCGAGCGAAGGCCAGCAAAAGAGUCGAAGCGCAUUGUGCCAAACUCCGGAAAAUGAUGCAGGCAUACAGAUACGAACCUCAUCAUUCUUCAAGCAGUAGUAUACCGUCCAGUGCUAGGAGCAACAACGACAGUGAACACAGCGACGAAGAAAGCAGCGAGUCCAGCUCCCGUGCCAGUACUGAGAACCUGAGCAAACCGUUCAAAAUGGACUUUUUGUUGCCUCCAGAACUCGCGGAUUUUGAGGAAGAUGGUCUUUGCAACAACAAUGAACAUUUGCAACCAGAAACUUCAUUCAGAUGGCAAGUAUCGAGCUACCCCGAUCCGGUUAAGUUUACAGAAGUGCUUGUGAAUAUGGUUAGUGACGAUGAAGAGUAA